GUGAGGUGUUCGUGUUAUCUUAUCAGCACUAUUAUCUCUAGUAUUAAAUAUAACAUAUCUACGGCAGGACUAUAACAUGUUAGUGUGUGUGAGGCGGAUAUUCCCUUCAACAAUAUGAAUAAGAUGGCGGCCAUGAUCGUAAAACUACUGUUGCUGCUUUCCAUCUCUAUACUGAAGGCGAACUCGCAAGAAAAUGCGGCAAACUCCAUCGCGCCCGGACUUAGAGAAUGUUACAAUAACAUGAAUUAUUUUGAUAGGGAGAAAAGACUGCCCUCAUCGAUAAAUGUCCUAAUUGCUUUAAUACGAAAAAUCGAAAAAGCUCCGUACAUUCAAAAUGAUCGUGAGUUGUCCAUGCAACUCAUCCAAAGAUUUAAGCAGGAUGGAAUCGUGGCGUUUGAUGUUCCAACUGACUCGGAGUACGGCAUACCUGCAUCACCGAUGGGAUUUCAAGCGGCUAAAAACAAAGUAAUAUUGCGUAAAAUAAUACCCGGUAUCGCGGAAAAUUUUCCCAAUUCAUCACUAAGUGAAAUUGAACGAUGUUCGCUCCAUUUCAUGCUAUCAAAUACAAUUCAUGUUAAACCUAGGGGAGAUGAGCAACAAGUAUGUAAGAAAUUGGGUCGUUUUCAAAGAAGGGUGCCCAGAACUGCAGAACCUGAUCGAGAUAUUGAGAUGUUUGAUCCAAAGCAUCAUUCUGACCGCACUGGUAACCUACAGGAAAAUAAUGAGCCCGUAGAUCCUAGCAAAGAUAUCGACAUUGACGUGCAACGAGAUUUGGCCAAAAAAACCCUAACCUUCGAGUUAAGUGAUUGUCCAGUGGAAGAUGGCGUCGUAUAUACCCGAUGGGGAGCAGUUCAAGCUGGCCAUGUUAUUAGUGGCAUUGCUGCAGCGCGUGAUCAACAGUACAUUAUCAAGGAUGGAGUAAAAGUAGACGGUCGAUAUGCCGCUACCCUCGCAGGUGACCUUGCCGAAGUUGUUCUUCACCAAGGUGUAAAGUCAGUCAAGCAAUUUGAAGUGGGUGUAAAAGGAGGCUGGAAUGGAACUCAAGUUCCUCGUUGGUAUUUUAUCGAAAAAAACUUUAACCUAGAGCUAACUGAUGCGGAAAUCCGGGGAGGUCUUGAUGGUUUAAUACUUGCAAAAAAUAUUGACUCCUGGCGAGAUAAAUUCCGAACACUCAAAAUAUCCCAAAUAUUGGAUAUGUUUUACUCUCAAAGAGGGAUUUUUUCAAGCAAAUAUCGCGCUUGUAAUAGAAAAGGAAUGUACUACGAAGUUGCACCUAAAGAUGAACUAGUAACACAAACGUUCGGUUUUGGACUUAUUCUUGAGGAGGAGACGACCCUUUUCGGUACUAUUAAUGACAAAGGAAUUCAAAAGUAUAGCGAGGACUCGGUAAAUGCAUUAAAUGACUACAUUUCAAGCAUCCAGGACCUUAAAUGUGAAAUCGACAAUGAUGUUAAUGUACGCGCGGCUGCCGAUGUCCUCCUAGUGUUAGACACUCAAUGGGAGUUUAAAUUAAUAGAAUCAGUAAUAGCAUACCUAUUAGAUAGCGUCAACAUCAACCCUUACGGCGGCAAUUAUACUAUAAUCAAUGCGAAAACUGGGGAGAUGAUGGUAAAUUCUUCAAACACCAUUUUAGAUUUCUACUUAAGUUAUAACAGAACGAUACACACAAACGCUCCCAUCGGUCUUGAUGUUCCAAUUGCGUUUGACGCUGUGCAAAAGAUUUUCCAAAGUAAAAUUAAUAAUGAAACAAGUGACAAAUAUAAUCGGGGGAAAUCGUCCAUUGCGAUCUUUCUUCCUUAUUCUGUUCUUUCGGAAGGCGAUAAAAGCGUGGCUAGUUCGAAAAAAGAGCAUUUUAAGCUGUAUCUUCCAGACGUAAAAAUAUUGGCCCUGGGCCGCAAUGGAAGAGAUGCUUUCGGGCAUCUUGUGUUCGACCCUUCUAUUGACGCGUUUGAUUUGUCUGAUACUUCCACUGAUGGAACCUCUAUUGUACAAUCAACGAAUCUCCUUGUUUCUCGUGUUAACGAAAUCCACAGGCGCAUAAGUAAUCCGAAGUGUGGUGCUGACUUUUCUGGGGAAGAGGCGUCUGAUUCUUUUGAUCAGUACGUUGAGCCAAAUACCUCAUCGUAUUAUAAAAUUUCUCCUAAUUAUUUCUUCGGAGAUGGGGAGCGAUUCAUUAAGUUUCAAGGGUAUGGUUAUGGAAAUCUGAUGGUCUGCUUGUCACGACAAGACGGCAAACCAAGGCAGAAUGUUACCGGUGGCGACACGAAGUGCGAAACCAUGACUGGAAUGAAUCCAAUAACCUUUUCGCUAACCGAUGCCUGUAUUGAUUACGACACCGUGUUUUCAUGCCCACCUCUUUACAUUUCGGUGCAAUCCAAUAUUGCAGAUACCGAAACUAGAAGUAUGAAAUGCAUAGAUUCGGGUUGUAGAUAUCCUGAUGAUAUCAAGUACACCAUCCACGUAGAAAAAUUGUCAUGUGUUAACGGUAGUUUUAGAUUUAUUGGGAAUUUAGGUCUUGUUACUAUUACAAUACUUACAUUUAUUUCCAGUUGGUAAUUAUUUUGUGUACAGUUCAUAUACAUAAGCGCUGUGUGUAAUUUUAAUUCGCGUGACUCGUGUAUGUGUGGGGUGAUGAGUGUGAAUUCCCAUGUAUGCGCAAUUUCUACAGUAAAUUCAUUUAAAUCAUAGUUACAAUGAGAGUUUAAGAACAGUUGAGUUAUAAAACGAUUUUAAGACCACAAUACCACAAUCAUUGAAACUCCUCAUUUUAGAUUUACAUAAUUACUUGAUAUAUUUCGUUGACUCUAGUAUAUAACAUAUAUUUUAUUCGUUUCAUUUUCUAAUUUAAUAUUAUGUAAGAAAUAGUUAUUAGCGUCAUUUGUUUUAUAAUAUGUUUUUACCUACCUAUCGAAAACGAUAAUAAACUUUUCAACUGAAAGCUCAAAAUACUUAUAUACGCUAACUACCAAACUUAUAUUGGCCACUAUGGCACUAUUUCCAUACAAGAUUGGAAUGUAUUACACCAGAGAUAUACUUUUGAAAACCCAGACCACAGGGGCGCUAUAUGCGCAAGCACAACGCUGUCAAAAUAAUAUCCACACUCUAUUUUUCAUAAUUUUCAACAGAACAAUAAUAA